ACUGCAACCCUCGGUUCUGGACGGUUUCUGGUCUAGUCUACGGAGGUUCACACCUCAGCUAGAAGAUUCUACCCCCGACGCCUGGGCUUGACUGACGGCAUCCUAUCCUGUUGAAGCUGGAAAGUCACCUGUGGAAACUGCACCAGAGAAACCCCUGCGUCUGCAGUCUCGGCAUCGAUUGUUCAGAUGGUUGAAGGACAGAGGACCUUUAGCAGCAUUGAAUGUGUUUGCAGCAACUGCAAUGGCUUCUUUCCAAAGGAAAGGACUGCAGACAAGGAUUCUUAGCACUGAGGAAGAGGAGAAACUGAAAAGAGACCAAGCUUUGGUGUCUUCUUUUAAACAGCAAAAACUGGAAAAAGAGGCUCAGAAGAACUGGGACCUUUUUUAUAAAAGGAACAGUACCAAUUUUUUCAAGGACAGACACUGGACCACCAGAGAGUUUGAGGAGCUAAGAUCUUGUAGGGAGUAUGAAGGUCAAAAGCUGACAGUGUUGGAAGCCGGAUGUGGGGUUGGGAACUGUCUGUUCCCACUUUUAGAAGAAGACUUGGCUAUCUUUGCCUAUGCCUGUGAUUUUUCUCCAAGGGCGGUCGACUACGUGAAGCAACAUCCUUUGUACAACGCAGAGAGAUGCAAAGUCUUCCAGUGUGACCUCACUAGAGAUGACCUCCUUGACCAUGUCCCACCAGAGUCUGUGGAUGCAGUCACCUUGAUCUUUGUGCUUUCUGCUGUGCACCCUGAGAAGAUGCACCUCGUCUUACUAAACGUGUUCAAGGUAUUGAAGCCAGGCGGAAGUGUCUUGUUCCGUGACUACGGGCUGAAUGAUCACGCCAUGCUUAGAUUUAAAGCCGGAAGCAAACUUGGAGAAAACUUUUAUGUCAGACAAGAUGGAACCAGAUCGUAUUUUUUUACUGAUGAGUUCCUGGCGCAGCUCUUUGUGGACGCAGGUUAUGAAGAGGUGGUCAACGAGUAUGUGUUCCGAGAGACGGUGAAUAAAAAAGAGGGCCUGUGCGUGCCACGAGUUUUCCUUCAGAGCAAGUUCCGGAAGCCUCCAAAGGACCCAGCCCCUGCCACUGACUCUGCUUCUCUUUGAAGAAAAGAAUUUUAAACUGUUCUGUAUUUUUUAUAUUCUGAAUUUUUAAAACUUGGAUGUAUUAUUUUUAUAGAGAACAAGUGAAGGCUGGGGAGUCAGCUCAUCAGGUAAAGGUAAAUGGGCUCAGCGGCCAAGUGGGCCAGCAGUCCUUGUCUGGAACAAAGGCACCGGGCAGGAGAGAUGGCUCAGCAGGCCUGCUCCUACAUGGCAGUUCCCGCCCAUCGGUGAUGCUGGGUGCCCUCCUCAGGCCACGGCAAGAGGCGCACUGACAUACGUGCAGGCCAACACCCACAUUACAAAAGAAAAAUAUCCAGGUUUGGCAAUUUGAAUUUAUCCUAGUACUCCUACCUCAAGAUGAGAAGCAGAGGCAGAAGAAUCACCGUGAAGGCUCAGGACCAGCUAGCCUGGAGAAGUGUGGCAGCCCUGAGAGACCUGGCUUCAGAGAGGUGGAGAGUGAGAGCGAGGAGAAUUGUUUUCUAACCUCACAUACACGAAUAAGUAAAUAAAGUGAAUUUGUUUGCACACUGUAGUAAAACAGAAUCCGUAAGUCCUGAAAGGAAAGUCUUGUGGUUUGGUGGCGGUAUAAAAUUUACCGUCUCCACAAAGGGAGGGAGGGAAGCAGGAGAGCCGAGCGGGAGGUGUGUGUGAUCAGGUCACAAGUCAAGCACCUGCUGGUGAUCACUUUAAGACAACCCUUUGGUAUACAUACAGACUUACCACCUAUGAGAGACUAAAGCAAGUUUGCACACUAAUCAGGUGGAUGUGCUUGUUUAUUUAAAGAAUUAAAUCUUGGGUUCAAACUGGCUGUGUUCAGAUGGUCGGUAGAAUGCUUGCCUGGCAGGCAUGAGUUAAUCCCCAGCAGGGAGUUGACGGUGUGGUGUCACCCAUAUCACAGCACUUGUUGGGCUAAGGAGACAGCAAGUACGUGCCAUGCAAGUGAGGACCUGAGUUGGAUCCCACGAACCUGCCUAAAGCUGGGAAUGGCAUGCAUCUGUAAUCCCAGCAGUGGGAGGUGGGACAGAGACGUCCUCAGAAGUGUGAGGGCCGGGUAGCCAGGGCUGUGCAAGCACACAGAGCAGAGAUAACCUGGGCAAACCCCAGAGGUUAUCCUCCCUCCACGGAGUCCUAGCACGCAUGUGUCCACUCUCACAGAAGAAGAUGUGAAUACAUGCAUCAUGUGUAUAAAUAAGUAAGUUGAGAGCCAGAGAUGUGGCUCAGCAGAUCCCGGCAGUUGCCAGCAAGCCUGCUGCCCCAGUUAACUACUUAGAGCCCACAUUGUGGAAGGAACGAAUCCGUUCCCACCGAUUGUUCUGACCUCCAUAUGAGCACCAUGGCCCACGUGUGCACACAGAAAGUAAGUGUUUAAAAGAGUAUUUUGUUAUUUUUCUGACAGUGUCUAUGUGGUCCUGACUGUCCCAGAACUUGCUGUAUAGAGUAGGCUGGCUUCAACUCACAGGGAUCUGCCUCUUCAGGGCUAGGAUUAGGGGUGGGGACUACCAUGCCACACCAGACUUUUCAUCUUAAAUUCAAGCUUAUUCCUGGCUUCACUGCAAGUUUAACAUCGGGCUGGGCUACAUGAGACUGCAGUCCCAAAACAAAAAGCCAAGGAUUGGGUCUUGGUUGGAAACUUCACACAGUAGGAUGUCAGGCCUCUUCAGUUCUUUCGUGGGUGAUUGAUUUCUGUGAUUGUCAUUCUUGCUGAAAACACUACAUAAAUAUGUGUAGUACAAAAUAGCAGGUUCAUGGCUGUUUGAUGAAUUGUUGGGAAUUCUGUCCUUAAACCAAAAUUUAAUGACAUUUUAAGAAACAUAAGUCUGAGGCUUUGCGUGGGUGUGUAUGAUAGGAAUAAACGUGUGGGUGUGAGUUCAGGAAGACACGCUGCCUUCCUCUCUCACGCUCGCCCUAUCCUGGAGACAGUUCCCUGCUGACGUGGAGCUUGUCUUCAGGCUCUCGGACCCGCCAGUUCCCACCUCCCAGUGUUGGUGGUAAAGGCCAUGCCCAGCAGUUUUUAUAUGGAUGCUCAGGAUUUGACCCCAAGUCCUUGUGCCUUCACUCUUAAGCACUAGACCCAUUAAGUAGAUUUUUGUUAAUGUGUGUGGUGUUUUAUGCAUAUAUGUCUGUAUGCUAUAUUCAUGUGUGAUUCCCAUGGAAGCCAGAGGAUGUCGGAUCCCUGAGUCUGGAGUUACAGUUGAGUCUUGAGUUACUGUGUGUGGGUGCUGGGAAUCAAACCUAAGUCCUAUGAAACUGCAGCCAGUGCUCUUAACCACUGAGCCAUUUCUCCAACCCCCUAAACAGAAAUUUUAAAAAGUAUCCUAACAAUGCAAUUUUGGGGUUUUUUUUGUUUUUGUUUUUUUGUUUGUUUGUUUGUUUGUUUGUUUGGUUGGUUGGUUGGUUGGUUGGUUGGUUGGGUUUUUUUGGAUUUGGUUUUUUCAAUUCAGGGUUUCUCUGUGUAGUCCUGGCUGUCCUGGAACUCAUUCUGUAGACCAGGCUCGCCUCAAACUCAGAAAUCCUCCUGCCUUUGCCUCCCAGAGUGCUGGGAUUACAGGCAUGCACCACCACUGCCUGGCUCUAACAAUGCAAUUUUAAAGAAAUAGUAAUUUAAUAUUUACAUGCUGAAGAGUGAUGGAAAAUAUUAAAAGUCUUUGUUUAGCAUGAUUAAA